AUGACCACCACCACAACAUCAUCAAUUCCCAAUAUCGUUCUUGUUGAUGAUUACCCACCACUAAAUUUAUCUAAUGAAAAUCUUGAACAGCUUAAAAAAUUGGCAAUUGAUUGGUCACUUUCACAUGGAUUAAAUAUUCGACCAAAGAAUUUCAAUCAACAACAGUCAUCAUCAUCAGUUCUGCAUGCACCAAUAUCAUUAUUGCCUACACCAUUCCCUAGAAAACAGUUUGAUUUGGUGGUGGAAUUACAACCACUUUUUAAUGUUUUGUAUCACAAAUUAUCCAAUGAUCACCAGUUGAUUUCUAAUGUUAUUGAAGAGAUUUCUAACGUGGAUGAUUUCAUUGCAAAACUUUAUGAUAUAUAUCUCAAAAUUAGAAAGGAAGGAAAUAUUCAGCCAAUAACAUUGGGCAUACAUAGAUCAGAUUAUCUUUUACAUUCAUCAUCAUUGCCAAAUAAUGAAGAAUUGAAAAUUCUACAAGUUGAAUUUAAUACUAUAUCAUCAGCAUUAACAAGUUUAGGAUACUUGACUGGAAUUUCUGUUGCUCAUGAACUUUAUGGAUCUGAAAAUAGUGUAGUAUUAAUGGUGGUACAAAGUGACGAAUGGAAUAUAUUUGAUCAAAGAUGGAUUGAAUAUAAUUUAUUAAAAAACUCAUUGAAUUUAAAUUGGCAUAGAAAUGGUAAAGAAGUUUCGGUAACAUAUUUUCGCGCAGGUUAUGGACCAGGAGAUUAUCCUAGUGAAAAUGAAUGGAAUGCAAGAUUAAUGAUCGAACGAUCAAAAUCUAUAAAAUGUCCAUCAAUCAGUUAUCAAUUAGUUGGAUUUAAAGUAUUUCAACAAGUUCUAGCCAGGCCAAAUAUUGUAGAAAAAUAUAUAAAAAAUCCGAUUGACGCUAAAAAAAUUAGAUCGUGUUUUGCCAAUCUUUAUCAAUUUCACUCCAACAAUGAUAUAUUUAAAUCAGUGAUUGAUAAUCCAAACGAUUAUGUGAUGAAACCACAACGUGAAGGAGGUGGUAAUAAUUUAUAUGGCGAGGAAAUGGUCAACACUAUUAAAAAAUUGAAAUCUUCGUCAGUGUCGUCAUCGCAAGAACUUAAAAAAUAUAUUAUAAUGGAUUUGAUUAAACCGCCAGCAAUUUCAAAUAUUUUAUUAAGGAAAGGUGAAUUGAUUAAAUGUAAAAUAAUCUCCGAAAGUAAAAGUAGUGAGAUUAAAGAAGGUGGUGUUGCAAUUGGAUUGGCUGUUAUUGAUUCUCCUUUAUUAAUCUAA